UAAUUUUUAAUUCAUACUUGUAGGUGAAACUAGGAGGCUGGUGAAAGGUGACUGGUGUAACCUAAACCGUGCUAAACCCCAACUGUAAUUUAUAAAAUGUCAAGUGGUCUUCUUAUUUUAAUAGCAAUUGUACUAUUAGAGGUUUAUCUGAUAUUAUGAUAACCAAUAAUGUUCAAUUUAUAUUUAUUUUCUAUUUUUGUUUUCCACUAAAUGGGUAAUAACGUUAAAAUUUCAAUUCCAAUAUUUAUAAUUACAACCAAACGAGUAUGAAUAAUAUUAAAUCAUUAUAAACGAAUUGCAAAUUACCAAGACUGUAGACAAAUAGUCUAUAAUCUUAAGUGUACUGUCUACGAAUAAAAUACAAAUAUUUAAUACUUAUUUUGAUUUAGUGAUUAGUAUUGUACGUAUAAUUAAUAUUAUAAUUUCAACUAUAGGUACCUAUUUUAUAAAAAAUAAAUUAUAUACUUCUAUAAAAUAUUUAUCAAAACAAUAAUUGUAUUAUAAGUCAUGAAUUAUGAUACAUCUAGUGAGACAUCUAAUGAUGAAAUUGUUUCAAUUCAUAAUGCAUAUAAAAAGGAAUUUUGUCGUCUCAGCAAAGAACAUCAAUGUAAUUUAAAUAGCCUAGAAGAAUGCUACAAAGAACAAAUAUUAUGUAUAAUUAAAGAAAAGGAUUCAGUAUCUCUUCAAUUACUAUCAAUUUUUCAAUCUUUAUAUGAGCAUUUUCAACAAAAGUUAAAAAAAUUAAAGCCAAAAAAUGAUAGAGUAACUGACAAGUCUGGUGAGAAAAUAGAUGUUAUUGAUGAAACAUACCAAUGUAUCAUAAAUGGCUAUGAAAAUAAACAACAAGAUUUAUUCAAAGAAAUUUUAGAAUUAAAAAAGAUUAUAAUGGAAGAAAAGAAGAUUAAUAUAAAUGUUUCAUCAAUUGGUUUGCUAGAUAAAGAAAAUUCUAUUUUAAAGUCAGAUUUGAAUAGUAAUGAAUCAAAAAGAAGGUUUAAGUCGGAAUUAAUAACUGGAGUUCUUAUAUGGUGCUUAGGUGUAAUAGCUUAUCAAAAAAAGAGUUAAGAAAAAUGGAAUAGACUGGUUUUUGCACGGAUUUCCUUCAUGUAAUUAUUAAAUGUAAAAUAUCUCAACUACUGAAAAACAACAAUAAAUACCUAAGCCUAUGGGUAAUAUGUGGUUUUUAAAAUAGAACACUCAAAACAAGAUACCUACUUGGCUACUGCCUACUUCUUAGGUAAAGGUCAAAAGAUGUCAUAAUUUCUUACGAUUUGCUUGUUUAUUAUCAAAAAAAAGUUUUUGCUAUUGUAUUGUGAAAUGCUCAUGUAAGACUUAUGAUCAGAAAUAUGAAGAAUACACAAACCUUUCUAUUUUUAGAUCUUUUAAUUUUUAACAAGAUUCAUUUGACUUUCAUUAAAUUUACUAUUUCAUUUAAUUCUAAACAA